CGGCCGGUACCCUGGACAGCGCCCCGCCGCCCCGCCGCCAUGCUUGGCUGCAUUUGCUCAGUGCUGAAAUUCAUUCAUCAAGCACAGCAGGGCAUUGUUGGAAGGAGCAGAGGAAGAACCUGGCUGACCCCAGGCUUGUGGCAAAGAGUUGUCCAAGAACCGGCAUGCAGGAAGCUGCUGCCCAGAAUUGGAGUCUGGGAAGAAGAGCACCUGAGAGCUUUUGACCAUGAAGUAAAUGCGUUUGUGGACUAUAUGUUUGGACCUCGAGAUGCCAGGGUUAGAGGAUGGUUCCUUCUGGACUCUUACCUUCCCACAUUUUUCCUUACCGGAGCAUACCUCCUCUGCAUAUGGCUGGGCAACAAGUUCAUGAAGGACAGGCCUCCUUUCUCUCUCAGGGCUCACCUCAUUGUAUAUAACCUUGGGAUUACACUGCUCUCCUUGUACAUGCUCAUAGAGCUCGUCCUUGCCACGUGGGAAGGAGGCUACAACUUGCAGUGCCAGAACCUCCACAGCGCAGGGGAGGCCGACACACGGGUAGCCAAGGUGCUGUGGUGGUAUUAUUUUUCCAAAGUAAUUGAAUUCAUGGACACUAUCUUCUUUGUACUGAGAAAGAAAAGCAGCCAGAUCACCUUCCUUCAUGUGUAUCACCAUGCGACUAUGUUUAACAUUUGGUGGUGUGUUCUGAACUGGAUACCUUGUGGGCAAAGUUUCUUUGGACCCACUUUGAAUAGCUUUAUCCAUGUACUUAUGUAUUCCUAUUACGGACUGUCCGUCAUCCCUUCUAUGCGCAAGUAUCUCUGGUGGAAAAAAUACCUCACUCAGGCACAAUUGAUCCAGUUUUUGCUCACUAUUGUGCACACACUCAGCGCAGCUGUGAAGCCAUGUGGAUUCCCAUUUGGCUGCCUGAUGUUCCAGUCCUCCUACAUGGCCACACUGGUCAUUCUCUUCAUAAACUUCUACAUCAAGACAUACCGGAAAGCACCUUCAAGAACAACUGUAGAUGAAACCCCUGUCACAACAGAGAUCAAGAAUGGUUUCCAUAAGGACUACUUUGCUGCUGCCAAUGGAUUCCUGAACAAUAAGAAAGCACAAUAAGUACCGUAUUUCCUAUGAUUUUUUUUCUAAAAAAAAAAAAAAAAAAGAAAAGAGACUGAAUUACAAGCUUUAGCUAAAAACCCAUUUGAUUACAUUUAUCAGUUCUUAUACCAGACACUUAUUAAUGUACUGCUAUUUAGGUUUUAACAAAACGAGUAGAACUACUUGUCCUGUCAAAGAUCACCACUGGAACAAAGAAGGCCAAGAUCUCUCUCACACGAAAAAAGAAAACCUUCCUGAUCUCUAAUGCUGACACAAAAACGCCUUAUAAAGCACUCGAUGGAUAAAUCCAUCAAUGCCUUCAAAAGGUUAGGACUCUGUUCAGACUAAAGCAGUGAGCACUUUCGGUGCAUGUGGGAAGUCCCGAAGCAAGGCUUUGCAGUGCACCCAGCACAUUCAGCUAAACUGCAGCCAAGGUCAGGAGAAGGAAGGGGAGAGGAGGGAAAGCAAGAAUCAUACCUUUUCCAUCACCACAUCCCUGCUCUGCUUCUUGCCAGCUGUUCACCAAAACACAGUCCCUCCUGCGGACAUCACCGAGGUGCAGCCGUCCCUUUGGUCCUGGGGGAGCCCUGGAGAAGGACUUGAGAGGGCAGAGCCCAGGUGCACCAUCCCAUAGUUUGCAGACAGGCGUGCACUGUGCUCACUUGCUUUAUGUAUGUGCAACCUGACUCAAAUGCCAGGGAGGCUGGCAGGAGCUUGCCAUUUCAAGCUGGACUGGUAGCACCUGGGACUGCCCAGUAUGGUACUUAGAAUGCAAGAUAUCAUAUGAUGAUAUUGGGUUUUGAGCUCUAGUCAGAGCAAAACAAGAUACGCUAAAUUAAUAGGAGUUAUGAGUAAAUGGAUUUUGAAAGAAAUAGGAGCUCAACAGCUUAGAGCUAAAUCCUUUGAGUGUAAAUAUGCACAAAGUUAAUCCUGUACAAACUGCUAAUUUGAAGCAAAUGGACAUGCCACAUGUUGACAGACUGGAAGAUGCAGAAAAUCUUAAAAGUGAAUUCAACGGUGAGCAAAGCACAUUUUUUCAAGAAUUACUAUGCUAGGUGGGCCUUAUUCAGACUGGUGUGUGACAGGAGAAACAGAUGGGACUGAGGCACAAUCCUCUGUAGGGAAAACAAGGAGGUAUUCGCUGCCUGAAGCUGUACCAACAUCUCUCAAUAGCCAGUCACCAUCUUCUCUGCUUCAGUCAGCUUCAUUUACUUCCCACUUAAAUGGCUAGCAAUGAAGAAUACCCAAGGUUAGCUUGGGGGAUCUGCCCUCACCCUUUUCUCAUUUAGCCCACAUCAAAAAUCUAUUAAAAUUUUGUCACAGCCUUUUUUUUCCUCUCCCUUUCUCACAGUGAAGUAUUUCUGGUCUUUUCUAAACUCGUGUGUAUAAAUUCUCUCAAGAAAAACGCAUUUUGAGUUGCCCCAGCCCAGCAAGACCCCAUACCAAAGUAGUUCUGUAAAGGGACCCUGUCCUCUCCCUCCUGUCACCCUGUGGGGUCCCAGGGUAGGAAGGGGAUGAACUGUUAUCCCUCAAACAGGGUUUGGCACUCAGUGUGCAGUAUGCAUGUUAUUCCAUGUUUGUACAGAGGGUUGUUAGGUGGUAAUGCCACAAAGCUAGCACACCAGGCAAAAGAACUUCAACGUAUUUAUAAACUUCAAACUACAUGAAUACACAUUUACUGUAAUGACCAGUGGUUAGUUUCUUAUCACUCUGUCCCUCAUUGGUUAACAACAUGCCUCGUCUCGAUCUCAAGUUUCAGUGUCUUUUAAUUAUUUUGCACAAACACAAAGAGGGGGUGGGGACGACACGUGACUUCUUGGUCUUAAAUUGAGUUGGUGGUCUCAGUCUCCCCCCGCCGCCUUUAUCUUUCUCCCAGUUACUGCUGAUUUUCCCUGACUUCAUGCUUCUCAGGCAACCAUCCAGCCUCUGGCGACUUCUGGGGCAGGAUGUUCCCCCCCUUAUCAAUCUUUUAGCUUCUCUUCAGGGGCAGAGGUGUUAGUAAGGCCUGAAUCAUUUAUACUAAGUAUCAGGCUUACACAAUAGAGUCAGUGUUUCGUGGACCUCCUCCUCAGAUCAGAGCAGUACAUUCCAUCCUAAAUGAAAGUGUCACUAUAGCUUAGGCAUUAACCCGAACAUAUGGUUUUACUUAAGUCUACAAAACCACACGCACAGCCAGCACAGAGGGACCACCUGGAGAGGAAGCUGUCCCAAAUCCUGCUCCUCCAGCUCUUCCCCACCUCCUCAGCCAGUUGUCUUCUCUAGAUCUGUCAUCGGGGGGCUCGGAGCCUGCGGGUGCAGUCCCAGGGCUUGUCCCAGGGAGCGGUGCGGGCGCAGGGCAGCCGGCCUCGCUGGGAGCAGCCUGGGAGGCUGGACCAGUUCUUUGGGAAGGAAAGGGGCUGAGAAAACGAUACAGGACAGGGGAAGAGCAGAUGGGUUUGUCCAGCAAAAGCAAGAGGAGAAAAUGGCAGGGAGAAGGGUGUGUCGGGUCGGUGUUCAGUUUGAAUUGAUGCUUGAAAGUCCCAUUGGAUCCCACUUGUCUUCAGCCAGCUCCAGGUCUGCUGCAACGUGGACAAAACCUUCCUGCUCCAGCAGAAAACUGAAAUCCUCCAAAAUGCUGCAGCACGGGCAGUACCUUUGAGCAGCCUGGCUGCUAAACCACAUCAGCGUGAACUGGGUAACCAAAAUAACUGCAAUAUUCAAACACUUUUACAUCACCACCACAGACAUACAUCUAACUGGUGCAUAUUCAUAUUUGCUCCCUCUUCAUGAAGCUGGCCACAGUGAAAAUCAGUGUUUUGUUUUAUUUAACAUUCGAUAAGAGGGAAGGCAGCAACCAAAAAAACCCCCCACAGUCGCAAAGCCCAGACUUUGUGUGCAUAUACGAGUUCCCACUGGCCCUUCCAGAACUUUUGCUUUGCAGAUCUUUCUGGCUGAUACUGUAAAACUCACAAGCUGUAAGAAAUUAGCAGGUUUGACUGAAAAGUGUUGUACAUGGUCCUAAGUAAAGGGAGAGCUUCAGAGCUCUGCAGAUGGCAGCUUGAUACUGGAAGCAGGGCUAAAGGCAGAGGGAAUGAGAAGACCUGACAAGAUAGCACACAAGGAACUAGCUGAACCAUGUGUCUAAGGCAGGCAACAAAACGUUCACGCACCCAGUAUGGACUUUAGGCCGAGUGGAGUCCGUAAUCUUUUGAUGGCAAAGCAUGCGUUUGACUAUCAAGGUGGACAGCGUCAGCAUGCUAAGUGUUAAAGUUUACUAUGGCAACCAAACCCACAGAUAUUGUCUUUUGUUUUGCUGAAACCUCAUUCAAAACAAAAAGAAAUAAAUAAAUGCCUUACUUGAAACUCAAAGGGCUGGGGAAAAAAAAAAAAAAAAAAAAAAAACAAUAAAUAAAAGGAAAAAAAAAAAAAGAAAAAACCAAGAUGGUCUCACCUUGCAGAUCCAGACCAGCCAGGAAGGCUGGAAUCAAGUACGUUUAAAAUUCUUCAGAUCUGUCUUAACAUCUUCAAAAUGCUGUAACUUUGAAGAAAGAGAAGCAUUGACUUUUUAAACUGAUUUUCCUGUAAUAUGUAACAGUGUAAAUAAACAAAUUUUACUAUCA